AUGACCAGCCAGUCUCAGGGAAUCCAGCAGCUUUUGCAGGCAGAAAAACGUGCCAAGGACAAACUAGAAGAAGCCAAAAAAAGAAAGGGAAAUUUUUUGAAGCAGGCCAAAGAAGAAGCCAUAGCUGAGAUAGACCACUACCGGUUACAGAGGGAGAAGGAAUUUAGAAACAAGCAAACAAACGUAAUGGGCUCCCAAGGUAACCUCUCCACUAAAAUAGAAGAGCAAGCAACAGAAACCAUCCAAAACCUCACUAGCACCUACCACAAGAACAUGGAGAGCAUGAUGAAAAAGCUUUUGAGCACAGUAUGUGAUAUCAACCCUGAAGUUCACCCAAAUUUCAGACAUGAAGUUUAA